GGAGUGAGAGAGGUACCCAUGAGAUGUUUGGAGACAUUUUUAUAAAAUUAUUUAUUUAAAUAAAAAUGGCCGCCGUAGAGAGCGGAGAGGAGAGACUGUAAGUGUGAAUUACGUGUAUUCACCAUUUAAAUGUCGAGUUAUAUGACUGCAGGUCUUUUAAAAUGUAUUGGUGUAUUUAACUAAAGUAACGUGGUGUAUUUCUGUUAUGAACUGGUCAGCAGGGUAGCUUACUGAAAGAAGCUUUCUGAAUACGUCACCAAGUUAUAGCUAAGUAUUUCCCUUACUUUACAAGAUCAUGGCUGAGCGUGGAAAUGCUCCGCUAGCUAACGUAUGGGGGUGGGUGGGUGUGUCAUUUUCUGACCUCUGAAAACAGCAGUAGAUUUGUUAGAUAUUAACUGUCAAAAGAGAUUUGUCCGCAUCCUCCACCCUCAUAACCAAUUUGGCAUGCUGCUAACGGGCUGGCUAAAUAGCUGGAUACAUUGUAGCGUCAGCUGGUUACAUAUGUUACCAUUUGACAUGGUAAUGUUGCCACAAAGUAGCCACAUCAUUGCUGCGUUGUUAUGAUGUUGCAUUUUUCUACAGAGAAAAUAGCCUAGCUAGCUAGCUUGCUGUUUGUGACGACUGGUAUCAUCUAGCUAAACGCUAGAGCUAGCUGACAUGAGUUGGCCCAUUUUUCUAGAAUAACAAAUACUAAUGUUAUGAAGCAAUCAAAGUUAUUUUUAUUGCAUGAAGGACCUGAGUGCGGUGGUAGAAAAGUACAGUGAUAUACCGUCAAAAUACCGCCCUAUAUAUUUUUUUCUUCCCACACUGACAUCUGGUAAUGAAAUAUUCCAAAUGGGACAAUUUAAUCCAAAAAUGUAUGAUAAAUAUUCUUUAUAUGCAUUUCAAUAAGUGAGUUAGGAUGCAUCUAACAGUGUUUCUGUGUAGAUCAUGAUGAUGAUAAGCUGUGAGAUGCCUUGUGUGGACCAUGUGCGGUUCAUAAUAUUUUAACCAUACAUAUCUCUUGCCCCAGUGGCUUCUCUCGCUGGCUGCAUCAUUCUACAUGCCUGCUAUAGGGCUUGGUGUUUAGACUAGUUCCUCGGUCAGUAGAUUUAUCAGUCCAAUCCUGGCGCAUUUUCCAAAACUUCCAAUAAUUACAUUUACAUUUACAUUUUAGUCAUUUAGCAGACGCUCUUAUCCAGAGCGACUUACAGUUAGAUGGCAUAUAUUUUUCACUAUGGGAAGAAACACCACCACAACAACAACAAAAAAUCCCACCAAAGUGAUGUGUUUUUACGACACCUUUUGUGAAUUAAUGUAGGUUGGGAGGGAGCAAGCUGAGGUUCAGAACUUAUCUGGAACUCGUUGUUUAAAACGUUUUGUAGUCUUAUCGGCCAAGGAUAGCCAUUCUCCAUAUUGUGAUCUGAUGAUUUAGCCUAAGGUGAGACCAUGCCUCUGCUCUGCCUCUUCCCACUCAUGACUAAUGUAGUCUUCCACAGCAGUGAGGAGAAGAGCGAGGACGCCAACCAGAAUCAGAGCUCCAAGGACAAGGACCUUAAGACACACAGCAACAAGCCCAAGAAGGUGAGGCAGGAGCGGGAGAGGGAGAGGGAGCGGAGGGAUGUGGAGAAGGAGAGGCUGGAGUCUUCAUCCACCACCACCAUGUCCUCCCCUCCUCAUCCUCCAGCCCAGCAGCCCUGUGUGGACCAGGACCAGCCCCAGCUGGCCGAGGCUGAGGCGGGGCCCUCUGAGCCCGCGGUCGUUGCAGCCGGUGAAGCCUCGGGUCUCUCCGAGUCCUCUCCUUCGCCCAAACAGAGGAGGUCCAUCAUCAGAGACCGCGGUCCGCUCUACGACGACCCCUCUCUGCCCCAGGGCUGGACACGUAAACUCAAACAACGCAAGUCUGGACGGUCCGCCGGCAAGUUUGACGUCUACUUGAUGAAGUGAGUAGGCUUUGAGAGAGAGAGAGAGGGAGCCAUAUCAAGUAUUGUCUCUCAAAAGCAUAUCUGAAAUGAUGUCAUAUGAUAAUAUUCAAUAUGUUACAGCUUGAUCUCCUUUAGAUGUGAUAUGAAAUCCUUCCCUGGAAGUAGCUAACAAAAUAUUGUCUGUCCCCCUUUUGAUAUUGUAAUGUGACUGAACUGUAUAAAGAGUGUUUCACAGGACUGUUUUGAGGUUGAUGGAAAUACUGUAUGUGUGUGUAAUGUGUGUAUACAGUUGAAGUCGGAAGUUUACAUACACUUAGGUUGGAGUCAUUAAAACUUGUUUUUCAACCACUCCACAAAUUUCUUGUUAACAAACUAUAGUUUUGGCAAGUCGGUUAGGACAUCUACUUUGUGCAUGACACAAGUAAUUUUUCCAACAAUUGUUUACAGAGAGAUUAUUUCACUUAUAAUUCACUGUAUCACAAUUCCAGUGGGUCAGAAGUUUACAUACACUAAGUUGACUGUGCCUUUUAAACAGCUUGGAAAAUUCCAGAAACUGAUGUCAUGGCUUUAGAAGCUUCUGAUAGGCUAAUUGACAUCAUUUGAGUCAAUUGGAGGUGUACCUUGUGGCUGUAUUUCAAGGCCUACCUUCAAACUCAGUGCCUCUUUGCUUGACAUCAUGGGAAAAUCAAAAGAAAUCAGCCAAGACCUCAGAAAAAAUAUUGUAGACCUCCGCAAAUCUGGUUCAUCCUUGGGAGCAAUUUCCAAAUGCCUGAAGGUACCACGUUCAUCUGUACAAACAAUAGUACGCAAGUAUAAACACCAUGGGACCACGCAGCCGUCAUACCGCUCAGGAAGGAGACGCGUUCUGUCUCCUAGAGAUGAACGUACUUUGGUGCGAAAAGUGCAAAUCAAUCCCAGAACAACAGCAAAGGACCUUGUGAAGAUGCUGGAGGAAACAGGUAUAAAAGUAUCUAUAUCCACAGUAAAACGAGUACUAUAUCGACAUAACCUGAAAGGCUGCUGAGCAAGGAUCAAGCCACUGCUCCAAAACUGCCAUAAAAAAGCCAGACUACGGUUUGCAACUGCACAUGGGGACAAAGAUCGUACUUUUUGGAGAAAUGUCCUCUGGUCUGAUUAAACAAAAAUAUAACUGUUUGGCCAUAAUGACCAUCGUUAUGUUUGGAGGAAAAAGGGGGUUGCUUGCAAGCCGAAGAACACCAUCCCAACCGUGAAGCGCGGGGGUGGCAGCAUCAUGCUGUGGGGGUGCUUUGCUGCAGGAGGAACUGGUGCACAAAAUAGAUGGCAUUAUGAGGAAGGAAAUGUAUGUGGAUAUAUUGAAGCAACAUCUCAAGACAUCAGUCAGGAAGUUAAAGCUUGGUCACAAAUGGGUCUUCCAAAUGGACAAUGACCCCCAAGCAUACUUCCAGAGUUGUGGCAAAAUGGCUUAAGGAAAUCAAAGUCAAGGUAUUGGAGUGGCCAUCACAAAGCCCUGACCUCAAUCCUAUAGAACAUUUGUGGGCAGAACUGAAAAGGCGUGUGCGAGCAAGGAGGCCUACAAACCUGACUCAGUUACACCAGCUCUGUCAGGAGGAAUGGGCCAAAAUUCACCCAACUUAUUGUGGAAAGCUUGUGGAAGGCUACCCGAAACGUUUGACCCAAGUUAAACAAUUUAAAGGCAAUGCUACCAAAUACUAAUUGAGCGUAUGUAAACUUCUGACCCACUGGGAAUGUGAUGAAAUAAAUAAAAGCUGAAAUAAAUAAUUCUCUCUACUAUUAUUCUGACAUUUCACAUUCUUAAAAUAAAGUGGUGAUCCUAAAUGACCUAAGACAGGGAAUUUUUAUUAGGAUUAAAUAUCAGGAAUUCUGAAAAAAUGAGUUUAAAUGUAUUUGGCUAAGGUGUAUGUAAACAUCCGACGUCAACUGUAUGUAUGUAUGUGGAUAAUCUUAGUUCCUACUCGCCCAGACCCACUUUUUAUUCCAAGGACAGUCCCUUCAGUCGAUCUCCAGAGGGAUGAAUAUUUAAUCUCCUUCAUGUACACACAAAUAUUCCAGACUUCCAGCGUUUACAGAAAGGACAUUAACAGAUCCGUUUUACAGUUAGAAUGUUUGGUGUGAUCUGUAUUUCAGCCCCGAGGGGAAAGCCUUCCGUUCCAAGGUGGAGCUGAUCACCUUCUUCCAGAAGGUAGGGGACACCUCCACCGACCCCAACGACUUCGACUUCACCGUGACCGGGCGUGGCAGCCCCUCCCGCCGCGAGAAGAGACCCCCGAAGAAACCCAAGGUGGUGAAACCGUCGGGGAGGGGCCGGGGCCGGCCAAAGGGGAGCGGGAAGCUGCGUCCGGCCACGGAUGGCGUGGCGAUGAAGCGCGUGGUGGAGAGGAGUCCUGGGAAGCUCCUGGUUAAGAUGCCGUUCGGAGCGUCCAAGGCAUCCGAGGCAGCGGGGCAGACAUCGGUGCCGGUCGUAGUCACCAAGAAGCGCCGGGGACGGAAAAGGAAAGCGGAGAUACCACCGCAGACUUCUCCUAAAAAGCGGGGGUGUAAGCCAGGGUCGGGGUCAGCGGUGUCAGCAGCGGCCGGGUCUGCGGGUUCCAGUGCUUCCUCCUACGCUGUGGCUGCUAUCCUCGCAGCAGAAGCCAAGAGGAAAGCUCAGAAGGAGUCUUCCACUAAGCCGGUGCAGCAGACCGCUCUGCCCAUCAAGAAACGCAAGACCAGAGAAACUGUUGAGGAGACUAAGGAGACUCCAACCAUCACCACGCCACAGCUGGGGACAGGGAGUGGUGGGGCAGGAACUGUGAUGGGGACGGGGAGUGGUGGGGGGGACAGGGACGGGGACAGGGAGUGGGGGUGGUGGGGCAGGAACUGGGACGGGGACAGGGAUUGGUGGUGGGGCAGGAACUGGGAGUGGUGGUGGGACGGGGAGUGGGGUGGUGGGACGGGGACAGGGAGUGGGGGUGGUGGGACGGGGACAGGGAGUGGGGUGGUGGGACGGGGACAGGGACAGGGAGUGCUGUGGCUGUGGUGGCAACAGAAGGAACAGAGCAGGGACAGAAGCUGCCAAAGAGUCCAGGGAGGAAGCACAAGGAAUGUCCCCUGACAGUUACCACAGGGGACAGUGGUGCCAGCGGAGGCAGCAGUAGCAUCACUACCCCAAAGAGCCACAGCCACAAGAGAAAAGAGCGCACGCCACACAAACACGCUCACCACCACCAUCGCCACCACCACCACCACCACACACACUCCUCUGUAGGGGAGAAUCCUCCUCCUCCACCCUCCCAGCGGCCCCCUCACCACCACUUCCCCGGCCUGACUAUGGGCCUGGUCUCCCAUACGGCCAGGGCCUCGGUGGGGCCAGGGGCCCUCCAGCAGAACAAGCCCCAGGACCUGAGCACCCCUAGGGGGCCCUGCCGGGCCAGCACCACGGCCAGAGGAGAGGUCAGGGAGGUCAGACAGGACAGCUCUGCUGCGGUGGUAGUAGCGGGAACGAGUGACACCAGAAGCAACAAGCAUCGAGCGGACGAGGCAGCGGGGACAGUGGUAGGGAGGGAUUUGAGAGACGUUGUACCGUCCUCAGCCGUACCGAGGCCCAGCAGAGAGGAGACCGUCUCCCCAGUACCCAGACCCAGCCGGGAGGAGACGGUGGAGUCUCGGACACUGUAUGGCAGGACCCCUGUCUCUAAGGAGAGAGGAGCCGUGUAG